UGUAGCUCUCCUCCUCUCCCACUCUGUUGCUCUCCUUCUCUCCACCUCUGUCAGAGUGUCCAUCCCUCUCUCUUCCUCUCCUCCUCCUCCCAGCCUGUCCAUCCCUGUGUGUUGAGAUGUCGUCCCUACUGAGAAAAGAGAUGCAGAGGAUGUUGUUUAGACCUGAAGGACAGAAACUACAGAAGUUUAUAGAGAUACAUGAAGCAACACCAGGAAGACAUUUUCUCUGUGUCUACGUGACCAAGACCAAAGAGGUGCAGCUGUGUGUGGUGAGAUCUCGGAAAUCACUGUAUUCUGGAUCAAACAAGUUGCUGAAUUCCCAGAAAUCCGGAUCGAAAAAGAAGCUCAAGUCUCAGUUUUGCCUGAGUUCCUGCUUGGAGGACUCCUACCUGAGGACGGAAGUCUGGCUCCUCCAGGACCUCACUCUGCUGGACGGGCGGGAUCCGGAUGUGGACGACCCGUGUUUCCUGAUGCACUUCUCCACUGUGCGGUCGGUGACGGCCUUCAGCUGCGGCGCCAAGUACUGCAUGGCGCGGGCCCUGGUUGCCCUGAGCGAAAAGCACUGCGGGCGACCUUUGACUCUGGUGAACUAUGACCUGGCCUACAUCAGUCCGUCGUCUAUAUAUUUGAACAGAGGAGACUGUGUGGUGCUGAUGCAGAUAUGUUUCUACGCUGCUAACCUGGUGUGUCUGUCCUUGUGCCCUGUACCUCUGGACUGACAGAGAUAUUUGGAUUUGGAUUUAUUGUGGAUCCCCAAGGCAGCAGCUACUCUUCCUGGGGUCCGGCAAAAUGCAAGCAGUUAUACCAUUUUAGAGAGAGAGAAAGAGUCUGAGGUGUGUGUGUGUGUGUGUGUGAGUGAAUCAUAGGCUCUACCAUGUAUCAAGAAUACACUAUUUAAAAUGACUGUCUUUCCAGAUUUCUAAGUCUCUGUGUUGCAUGUACUUAUAAACCUUCUGUCUCUGUUCUGAUUCUGAACGUUCUAACACUGUUCCUCAAGCAUGUGAAAUGAUUACAGCUAAUAAUCGGAAUAAAAUGUAACAACUUUC